AUGGGCAACCGCGUGGUUAUCAAACAUGCUGACCGUCUCGUCGUCGGCCUUCUCCAAAACGACAACUCUCUCGGCAGCUCGAACUGCGCUUUUACGGCAAAUUUGAGGCUGGCUUCGGCUAAAAUAUGUCCUGAGUUGUGGUUUUUUCUCCUUCUCAAUGUUUUAAUUAGAAGUUUCUAAGUUUAAACUCCGUUUUGAUUUUGUCGUUCGAUCAAAAAAGCUUCAUUGAACUUCUGAAACACCUUCUGCCAUUGAGAAGUUUCAAAAAUGGUUUUCAAAGAAAACUGUCAGAGAACUUAAUUUUUCUGAUUUUUGCGCUUUUAAAAAGGCGAAUAGUUUGGUAGAAAACAUAUGAUUCUAUCCAUUAAUUGUUCGUCUGAAAAUUGAGAAAAAGAAGUAAAAUAUGAUCAAGGUGUGCCUAUAAAUGCAGAUGAAAAACCAAUACUCUGAAAAUGAGACUUGCACUCAGUUCAAAACAUAUAUACUAAUAAAAAUAUUCUUUAGCCAGAAAUAAUUAUAAAACCUAUUUUUAUCGGAUAAAUUAAAAAUAUUUCAAAUUUAUUUGGCAAACCAAGAGAAUGUCAGAAUAUGAAUCGCAGGAUAUCAAAAACUUUCCGUCCUUUAAUCCUAUUUUGAGUUUAAAUCUAUUCGGCAAUGUUUUUGCUUGAUAUAAGCGAAUUUGUUGUGAGGAUUUCGCUUUGACUGGGUGCAGACAAAGACCAAUGCUCCUGGCAACGUUACAUGUUGAGUGGGAACGUCGCGUUGCGUCUGAAAACACCCCAAAAUGUUUUGAGCGCAAAUUUUUCUUGUUUACAACUACUUUUUUUUCGAAAUAAUCUCUUUCCAAAAACAAAAUAUUCCAAAUCACCCAAAGUUUCUUUGAACUUCUAUUUUUAUUUUAAGUAUUUUGUUAUUAUUAAAAAGUAUGUUGAAGCUCAAGCCCCUUAAAAUUAAAAUCUGAACCCACAAAAGUUUUCGUGAGACAAGUUUCAAAAGGAUAGUUACAUUUUCCAAUCUGUGGUUCUCGAAAUGCUGCCAAAUGUUACAUCGCAAGUGUCGUGCACGUGCUUCUCGAUUUUAGCUCUUUCUAGUGCUAGAUUUGAAACUAUUCUAGUGACUCAUAGAUGAUUCUCGUGUUUUCUCCUUCUGGCCAGGAGUUCCUUGUAUUGCCAAGGGAGCACAAAAAAUGAUGAAACUAGUGGAAAAAUGAUUCUCAAUGUUUCCCUCCUAAGGUUAGGCCAUAUGCCAGCGAGUAAACAACACGGCGAGUAAACAUCUCUUUGUGGCUCAAGCACUCUAUUUCUUUAUUUACACCACCACCAACGCCUUUUUAAUAAGACACAUCCGAAUCUUUUGAACGAGUUUUCAACGUCAGUUUUUUUUUUUGCUGUUGAUCAUGGAAUCCAGAACAUUCAGAAAUGGAGAAGGAGUCCUUGAAAGAGGAGCCUUUCGUGCCGACAAUGCCCGCUGAGCCUGACGUGCCCAUUUGUUCGACGCAAGUGCGCUCUGCCGACCAUGUCCUCGACCAAAUGAGUGCGUUUUUAACAUGAGAAGUUCGGGAAUGUAUUAGUGUAACUCUUCUUUGACAUAUGUAUUUUCAAAACCCAAAGAGAACAAAUCGAUCAUAUUAGUUCUACUAGAACUGUUCUAGGUCACAAAUUAUUCGUCGCUCUUCUCUUAUCAGAAGCCAGACGACUAGAAUUUGAGGUUAUGGUUGUCUUGAUAAGCCUUGAAAAACAAAUGCAGUGAACAACCAAUCCUAAAUAAUGAGCUAAUUUGAUCUGCAGAAACUUCACGACUAGGUAAAAACUGGGGAGAAGCGGUUUUGGAGAUUUCAUGAAAAAAUCCUCUGUAACAGUGUUUCAUUAUCAAGCUUCAAUACAAACUCGCAGUCAAAACAUUAGGAAAAUUUCAGAAAAAGUGUGCAAUAUAUAAAUUUGGGGCAUGUAUGACUUUUCCAGAUGCCGUAAAUAGCAUGAACAACAUAAUCCCAAUGUUUGCAGGACCCCGACGCCUCCAACUUUUCUCCGCCGUUUUCAUUUGCAGUCUGUCAUGGGCGUUCGGGGCAGUCAUCCUCAUGAGCAGCGCUUUCAAUUCGAUCGACUGCGGCAGCUGCAACGGCACGAUGUUGACGAUCGUCUCCGAGGUUCUUGUUCAAGAAUGAACAUGCCUGAUAGGUCUUCUCAGUUCAACCUGCGCGAAGAAGACGCCUACUUGGUCGGAUGGAGCACCUCUGUGUUCAUGUUCGGCAACAUGCUCGGCGGUUCAGUGUUCACACACGCCGGCGACAGGUUUUCAGACUUCUUUGUGGCCGGAAUUUAAAAAAAGCUUAGGUAUGGCCGUCGACCUGUGCUGAUGGGUUGCAUGUUGGGACAGGCCAUUUCUGCCGCCAUUUGCUCUUUGUCCAACUCCAUCCUCAACUACUCCAUAUGCCGGCUCCUACAAGGCGCUUGUUAUACGGUACCUCCCUUUUUUGGAAGUCAGCUCCCUGAAAAGAUAGUAGAACAAAAAUUAUGUCUAAGAGAGAGUCUUAUAUCGCAAAUAUGGUCCAGAUUUUUGAGGCAAGCAGUCCUAGAAUAGAUGACUCGAAAAAAUUCAUCUGCUAAUUGCAACGGAGAAAAAUAAUAUUCAAAACUGCUUUUCUCUGGUUUUCAAGUUGUAAAUCAUUUUUCUCGUGCAGAAUAUGGUUUCAGCACAAUUUUAAUACGAAAAAAUCCGAAAAAAACAGAGCAGUUUUUUAUACAGUUGAAAGUUGUAGUCAUUUAAAACUACCUGGUGAUGGAAAAUGAAUGCGCGGGCAGUCCGAACCGUAGACUCUCAUUUUUGCUAUAAUCGCGAGCUGGAAUUUCUAGUAUCAGGAGAAAGUGUGAAUUUGAAGGGAGCCAACCUCGUGGCUUGGGUGACGGCCUACGAGUUGUGUCCGUCGCGAUUGCGGUCUCUGGUGACUCUGGCCUUCGGAUUGACUUGGGUCGUCGGCUACUCCCUGGUUGCACCGAUGGCCUUCUUCUCGCCCAAUUGGCGUUUCUUCAGCGCUUCGAUCAUCGCUCCUCUUCUCAUCUACACUUUGUUUUGCUACCUGUCAGUGAAAGAAAAGACAAAAAGCUUUUUCGAAAUGAUUCUCUACCUUGAAAUUUAGAAUCGUGCCAGAAACGUUGCACUUUUUGGUCUCGAAACGAAAGACAAAACGAGCUCAUAAGUGGAUUGAGAGGUUCGACAAUGAGCUUGUCGACCGAAUCGACGUUCUCCAGCUCAUUUCCACAUCAUCGUCGAGCGAAAAAAGCGAUUCUGGAGAGAAGUCAGGCGUCUUCUGAUUUUUAUUUAUUGGAAAAUACAUGUUUUAGAGGCUCGUUCUCGCAAGAGAUGUGCAAACACAAAAAGUUUAUCGGAUAUUGUCUCGUUCAACUCUUUAUCUGGUUAGUUCCUUCUUUAAUCGUUCUGCUCACUCUCCAUUUCUACUUACAGGACUACUGACAACUUCGUGUAUUUUGGCUUGUCCUUGUACAGUACUCAACUGAACGGAAACGUUUACGUAAACUAUGUAUUGAUGGGUAUUGUUGAGCUUCCAGCUUACAUAUUCUGCCCUAUUCUUCUAGAGAGGUUUUUUUGUAAAGAACGAAAAUUAGUGAUAGUUUAAUCAACGAAGAUUUGGCCGAAAAAUCGUUGUUUCUGGUGCUCAUCUUCUUGCUGGAUUUUGUUUCUGCGCAUCGAUCUUCAUGCCAGGUAUCGAAUAAUUUUCAACUAAGUUCAAGUUUGAAAUUGAACUUAAUGUCUUAUAUAGAUCACGAUUGGAUUUCUCUAACGUGCUGGUUAAUAGGAAAAUUCGCUAUUUCGUGCUCCUUCAUGUCGUUGUUUGUUUACGCUAGCGAGGUAGAUUUCACCGUAGAAAUUUUGAUAAUAAUUAGAUGUUUUACCAGAUUUUUCCGACAAAUAUCAGAAAUGUUUCUGUUGGUCUUUGCUCAGUCCUCUCACGACUUGGAAGCAUCUCAGCGCCGUAUAUCGGUGUUUUGGUUAGUUUCAUCGAAGAAAAAAAAAUUUCAACAUUCAGGGAGCCAUUUCGCCCAUUCUACCGAUGAUUGUACUCACCGUUUUGUCAGUUACGGCCGGCCUUUUAACGUUUUUACUACCCGAGACACGACACAAACCUCUACCGGACACGAUUUAACCGUUUAGAAAAAAUUUCGCUUAAUUGAAUAAUUGUAUGUUUUCUAAGAAUCUUGCCCAGCAGUCAAUCUUCGGUUAGAAAACCGGUCAAAUAAACGGGUUUUCACAUUCACCAGCGUAAUAAAAUUUUUUUUUAUCGUUUCGCUAUGUAAUAAACAUUUAUUCCUUGAAAAGUUUAAAAUUGUGGUUAUAACUUUAACUUUCUGAUAAAAUCUUAACUUAUCUCUUCCCAAAACGAUUAAACAUUAGAUUAGAAACAAUUCAUCACGACUAACAACAAAACUCAUAAGAAAAAGUAAUGUUUAGAAAAACAGGAUCCUCACUCUUUUUUUAAUUUUUCUCGAAUAAUAGUCUGAUAUUGCGAAGGUUUAUGCGUCAAACAUUUAGAAAACGUUUUCCGUUUUGCAAUACCUAUUAAAAAAUGAAGCAAUUUGUUGUGAAAAAGAAAAGAAAAAGAAAAGAAAACUUCGAAGUUUAAUUUUCAUCUUUUUUCUUCACUUUCGUAACCUCGUAAAUCGUACCAAACACACGCGCCGCAGGCAUACUGUAGCUUUCGUUCUGCUGUGUGGGCGCGGUUUUGGGUUGGAGCGUCCUUGAUCGAUUCUAUUUUCAACGGUCCACAUUUUGGCUCCGCUAUUUACGCCUCAUUUUUAUUUUCAAUAUUAUGUCGGUAUUUUCAGUUGUUCCUUUUUUGAAAGAUCCAAUCGAAUCUGCUACGUUUUAGGCAUGUUGGCCCCAUCCUUGAGGGUUGUUUCAAAACGCUCUAUGCAAACAUCAAAAGUCUUAUCCAGUGAGUUUGAAUUCUUUGUCAACGGAUAUACAUAUCUUUUCAUUAAUUUAAGUGCGUGGUCCACUCACUUUUGACGGUUGGUAUCCCAGAGAUCACAAACCAUCCGCUCCUCCAACUAACGAAGUAGAACGGAGAGCAGCGGCUAUAAAGUAUUUAUUUAUCUUUGUUUGUUUUUUUUCAGUUAUAUUUCAAUUGGGAUGAAAAAAAAAUUAUGAUCCACGAGUUUAGAUACGGCCUUCGUCCUGAAGACUACCAGCCCAUUGACAAAGACGACGUCGUUAGGUUAGCUCGAUUAUUCAAAUUUGUUUCUUUAAUAUUGAUAAGAAAAAAAUGUAAAAAAAUGUUCAACUAUAAGAAUUUUCGAAAUUUUACGGUAAAUUUUUUCUAAACAAUAUUUUCUAUUCAUUCAUUUCCAAUGUGAUUGCAGAUUCGCUGGAGAUUAUCCUGAGCUCGGAUCCGUCACAUUCGAUCACAAGGAUCCCUAUGAAGCUUGGACUGAUCGACAAAAUCGCAGAAAUUGGGGAGAAAUGGUUAUUCUUUUGAAAUUGAUCGUUUGAAUACGGAAAAAUUCUCAGGUGCCCAUAGACAUGAUGCGAUACAGAGGAGAUCGGUUGACCUUCACCGGCCUCGAAGCUGAAGACUACUCAACGUAAGUGUACAUUUGAAAUAGGACCUACAGAAAUUUCUUUUUUUUGUCUUCAGUUCUGAAAAUUUUCUCAAAGAUCAUAUUCAGAUGGGGCUCCAUUGUUUUGUGCCUUCGCGUUCUGGUGCCAAUGGCGUUGAUCACCUGGUAUUUCCUCAACGACAAUCCUAACGCUCUCCGAUGGAGAAAUCCUGUGGUACGUUGUUAAGAAUCCACUUUUAUAAGGCUGUAAACAUAUUUCAAACUUUGAAUUUUUAUCUCUUUAAAUUUUUCAUUCUUGAUAAAUGCUGAUUUGAACAAUUUUUCUUUCAAAAAUCUUCAUGCCGAUUCUAAAGGCUGUUCAAAUUGAAUUUAGCUCAUUUUCACUUUCCAUCCUAUUUUUUUGUGGUCAGGAGUUUUUUUAUAUUCUCAUAUUUCAACUCUAUUGCAAUUUAAUCGUGUUAUUUUUGGUUUCUAUGAUGCUAAAAAAAAUGCUAGAAAACACGAUAUUUAUUCUUCAAAUAUAACAAUUUUAUCAGAAAAUGUGUCAAGGAAAAGCGCCGCAGAAUGCAAUAUACCAACUUAUUGUUUUUUAAAGUUUUCUUUGUGUGAAAUUAACACCAGUGACAAGAUAGGAAUGAAAGAAACCUAUGAUAUCACAAUGCCAAAAUUAAAAGCGAUUGCUUCUUAUUGGUGCCAUUCUGUAACAACUCUCAUAGAACUAACUCUGGUCUCGGUAUUUCGAAACCGUUCUUGCCCAAGUUUUCAUUACAAGUUGCAAGUUAUUCAGUGUUCAGAGAAGAUUCUCUGCUGAAUCAUGGAAUAAAUGAAGAGUUGAUCGUCGCAUCGCGUUAACCAAGAAUGGCUCGUAGAUCAUCUUGUCCUUUUUCGUAUAGUAACGUUAGGAAGUUUAGAGUUCCGACGAUCAUUGCUUCUCCAGAGCGGAGGAUUUUGGGAGCGAAAUUUUUCGGUUGAUAACUCCGAUUCUCUUCAUUUUUAUCAGUCUACCUUUGUUUUCGAAGCCUUUUCCGUAUAGUCUUUGUGAUUUGAGCUUUGUAAAUAAUAUUAUACUGUUACUAUUUUUUUAAAUUCCCAAUUCUCGAUUAUAAAAUGUAGGUCACAGGAUCUCGAAUCACCCGAUAAUGGGAAAAAUUUUUUUAUUUAUCCUUGCAUUAAUGAUUUUUAUAUUUUUAAAAAAAUUUAUCAUUGUUAUUCAAGUUUUAUUGUACAGAUGCCGAAGCAGUACCCCUACGACUUCUACCGUGCAUAUCCUUUCGACGAUCCGCGGAAGUAUCCCAUCACGAACUAUUCCUUCGAUUUGGAAACUGAGUAA